AUGCCGGAUGCAACUGGCCCCACAGUGAAGGAGCAGAAGGCGCUGAGGACUGAAGGACAGAUGCAGGGGUGUGAUGAUCCUGUUUUGUCACAAGGUCAAGUCAAAUCUGCUGGAAGUAGUGGUAUGGACGAAGGCAGUGAUGGCUUACAGCGAGCCCUAGAAGGCGAGCUUGUGGAGUUUUUGAGAAGUCAAAAUUCUAAACUCAUGCAAGAGUUGGAAUGUCUCAAAGGGCAAUUGCAGCAUGUGCAAGUGAAAGCCGGUUCUGGGGAUGCUUCGUCACCAUGGUCUGCUGCGAAUGGAACUUCAGUAGAGGGUUCAAGUGGCAAUGGAACCUUUCAUGCUGAGUGCAUGGUGGACUUCAAGGCAGCGAUCGGGCUUUGCAAAUGCAUGGUGAUGCUGCUCAACAAGCUCGGGCUCUGCGGGGCGCUGUGCAUGGUGAUGUUGCUCUACAAGGUCGGGCUUUGCAUAGCACGGUGCUUGGAGAUGAUGCUCUACGUGGCGCUGCGCUUGGAGAUGGAGGAGCUCUUCACAAUCGGGCUCUGCAUGGCACUGCGCUUGGUGAUCUACCUGGACAUGAACGACUUCAUGGUGGCGCUUCUGAACUACAUGGUCUUCCUCGUGACGGAUGUCUUCAUGGUGGUGUUGCAGAAGUUCCUGAACUACAUGGUCUUCAUCGUGACGGUCAUGAUGGUGGAGUUGCAAGCUCAACAACUGAUCAAACUUCCUCCAGUACAAGCGCUGAUGGUCCAGGACUGGGUGCUGAGAUUGCUGAAGUCUUUGCGUAUGCCCAACCUGAAGGUGAUGCGACUGUCAAACCUGCAGCCUCAUGCUCAAAUGGUGUUGCUGGACUCUGGUGCAACACAUGGCCUACGUCCUGCAGUUUCAGAAGAAGAAUGGCAGUCCGGCACAAGAACUCAGGUGAUGUUGGCUGAUGGUGUCACAGAAAGCCUCCGUUUGAAGCCUGGCACCAAGGUUUUGCUUUCCGAUCCUCUCCUUCGGCCUGAAAAUACCUCUUGGAUCGUUCCAAUGGGAUGCUUGAACGAGCUCAAUUACAAGUUGGUGUGGAAAGACCACAUGUGCCAUCUCUACACAAAAGCUGGAGAAAAGAUCGAUGUGGAACUUCACAAUGGAUGUCCCUACGUUGCUCAUGAAUUUGGAGCGAAGCUGCUGACGGUGUUGGAACAGCAUCAAAUUCAACAAGAGCUGAGAAAGAUGACCUUGAAGUCCAUCUUGACAAGAGGUGCUGCCGGUCUGGGCAACAACAUGAGCAUUGAAAUGGCGAUGCUUGUCAAGCUCAAGGAGGUCAUGCCGACUUUGCCUGAAGAUUUGGCGUUGAAGCUGGUCCCAGAUCUCUCAGUGCUCACGGACCCCAACAUCGGCGUGAACCUUCCAUGGAAUCGCAGAAAGCGAAAAAGACUCAUGAUGGCAAAGAAUGUGAUCAUCCACAUGUACAGUGGACCGGAUGCUUCUUACUGGGAGCGGCGUUUGUCAAAUGAACACACUGAGGUGCUGUGCGUGGACUUGGUCGUGGAGCUGAACCUGAAGCUGCAGUUGCUGAAGCAAUCAGCAGAUGGAUUCGCCGUGAAGCGCCUCCACGUGAAGGACCUGAAGAUCCUGUUGGCGUUGUUUACGCCGAAGACGAUGUCCGACCUGUUGGUGUCGCUGCGAUUGGAAAUCUCUCUGGUGAUCCUCAAGAACAAAAACCUGGAGAUGGUCAACCACCUCAACAACAUGAUGAACGAGAUCAGCAACAAGCGGGCCAUGAAGCUCGACAUGAACAAGGUCUUCCUGCAGGAGUUGCACAAGAUGAACCUGAUCCUCUCCAAGAAGAAUCGGUGGCGAUCGAGCACUUCAAGCAGCGGCCCUGUGCAGGCCCCUUCAGCUGGAUCUUCGAGCUAUGGCCCUGCGCAGGCCCUCUCAGCUGGAUCUUCGUGUGGCUCUGGCCCUGUGCAGGCCCCUAUGGUGAGGUCUUUGAGCAGUUUUGGCCCUGUGCAGGCCUCAAGUUCUACGUCUACAGGUUCUAUAACUGCCGAACGUGCUGGCCCUGAGCAGGCCCAUUUUGCUGGAUCUGGUGUUGGCCCUGAGCAGGCCUGGCGAUCUACGAAUGCGGCUGCUGGAGCAUCUUCGAGCAGUGCUGGCCUUGUGCAGGCCUUGCGAACUAUGAAUGCGGCUGUUGGAGCAUCUUCAAGCGGUGCUGGCCCUGAGCAGGCCUUACGCGCUGGAGCUGGCCCUGUGCAGGCCGUUGUUGCCGAUGAUGCAGAUCUUGGCCCUGAGCAGGCCUCUUCUUCGAGCGGCGCUGCUGACCUUUGUGCUGAUGCGGAAGCUGCUGGCCUUGAGCAGGCCUUGCGAGCUGCGGCUGGCGAUGGCAUAGAGCGAGCGCUACGGCAGCGGGCUGAUGAAGUGAGAGAGGCAUUGCGGGUUGGAGGACUCGACACCUUGUGGAAAAGGAUGGAAAAGGUCUAUGGCAAGGUGCUGACUUUUCGGUCUCAAUUGCCAAGGUUCGCUGAGGCUGCGAUGUACUCAGCCCUUUUUUCACAGGGGAAGCCAGUCAGCGCCAUUGAGCGGAGGGAUCGCUUGAUGUUUCAGGUAGUUGUAGAUCAUUUGGCCAUUGUGGAAUUGGAUUUCGGCUUCACCAACAAAGGCAUUGGGGAACUGCAAGCGUAA